AUGAGCCUCACGGCGCAGGGCGAACGCGAUCUCUUCGACCGCAACGUGUUGGACUUCAGCUCGUAUGAGGAGUACCUCGAUCAGCAGGUGACCGCAGAGGACCUCUUCUACCUCGGCAACCAAGACGCCGCGCGGCAGAUCGUCGAGCUUGGCUACAAGGGCAAAGACUUCCUCAGCCGUGAGGAGUUCGAGGCGGCCCGCCUGCUCGCACUCGAGGGGCCGUCGCGGCGCGAGGAGACGGUGGACGUUAUUUGCAGCGCGGGGAAGAAGCUGGACGAUGCCCCGCUGCUCAGCGCCCUGGCGAAGCGCGAGGAGCUCGUGCGGAAUGGAAAGUUGUCCACCAUUAUUUUUCUCCGCGACGUGGUGCGGGGGCAGGAGGUGUCGGCGUACAUCGACUACGGCCACCGGCUGAAGACGGAGGACUUCACGGAGUACUUUACGAAGCGCAAGCGGCUCACACCGAAGCGGACGGACCUGAGCUACUACAACUGGAAAACGCACACGCUCUUCUACAACAACAGCUUCACCUUCCAGGUGCUGGCCGCCAACGAGAUGGGGUUGCUUAUGAAGCACAAGCGGGAUAGAAAGACCAUCAACGUCGACCCACGGGCCCCGACGCCGGGCGACAACAGCAACCGCAGUGUAAUUCAAACUCCAGAGUACGUGCAGGUGACCAUCUACGACCACGUCACACGACGCAAGAACUAA